GAAUACAGGAAAAAUACAACAAACGGAGCGGCCACUGUUGCAGAUCCACACGAAGAGCUCGGUGAAGACAAGACUGAACACUUCUUUCGUCUGAUUCUCAAGUUGACCCCAGCAGCACCACCGGGCAGUCAUGUCGAGCAUGGAGAAGCAUUUGUUCAACCUCAAGUUUGCUGCCAAAGAACUUCAGCGGAACUCCAAAAAAUGCGACAAAGAAGAGAAAGCAGAGAAAGUAAAAGUCAAGAAGGCAAUCCAAAAGGGCAACAUGGAAGUUGCGCGAAUACAUGCAGAAAACGCCAUCCGCCAGAAGAACCAAUCGGUGAACUUCCUCCGAAUGAGCGCAAGAGUGGAUGCAGUGGCUGCACGAGUACAGACUGCAGUCACCAUGAACCAAGUCACCAAGUCUAUGGCUGGGGUUGUGAAGGGCAUGGAUGCAACCCUGAAGAGUAUGAACCUUGAGAAGAUAUCAGGGCUGAUGGAGAAGUUUGAGCGUCAGUUUGAGACUCUGGAUGUUCAGACGGCUCAGAUGGAGGACUCGAUGAGCAGCACCACAACGCUGACCACACCACAGGGUCAAGUUGAUACUUUGAUGAUGGAAAUGGCAGAUGAAGCAGGGCUGGAUCUCAAUAUGGAGCUUCCUCAAGGUCAGACAGGAUCAGUGGGAACCAGCGUAGCAUCUGCAGAACAGGAUGAGCUCUCUCAGAGACUGGCCAAACUCAGAGACCAGGUUUAAGGGGAAGCGGUGGUGAGUGUGUGUGUGUGUGUGUGUGUGUGUGUGUGUGAGAGAGAGGGACUGUGUAUGUGCGAGUGUGAGAUCAACAUAUCCUCUAUUUACUGAACCCUGGAAACAUUGGCCUCAUUGUUUAUUUGUGUUCAGAUUUCUUUUCGUGCCGUCAAGGACGUGAAGCUUUUCAAAUCCACAAUAAAACACUGAAAGCUAUCUGUAAUGAUGCGCUGAAAAAACUGAAUCGGAUACAAGGACUAAUGUUACGCGGUAACACUGCUGUCGUCAGGAUUACUCUGGGGUCCUGCUCUUCUCAAAUUAUUGGAUUAAAGAUGAUCAUAUUGGUGUAACAUUUCUUUGUUGUUUUUAUUUGCGCUUAUGUUUUAACUAGCAGCUUGUCUCUCGGAUGUUCUGUCAGUGCUGGCUGAUGAGCAGACUAAAUGUUGGGUUCAGUUAUGUCUUGUUUCUUCUUGCUGCUCCUCUGCUUCAAGUCGAUUGUGGGAUUAAUGCAUGUGAUCAAGAUGAUGAUUUGAAUACAAUGUUCAUUUUGUCCAAUGCUGUAAAUCCCCAGUUUAACCUAUAUUUAUACACCCCUACAGAAGCUCUGAUCUUUGUUUUGUUUCCCCUAAAUGUAAAACAAAAAGAAAAAAAAAGCCUUUGGCAGUGUACGGCUCAAGCAGUUGAUCUUCAGACGAGAAUAUAUAAAUAUGUUUGUGUAUAUAAAUAAACAUUUUGCAACACA